UUGUGGGCGUCCGUUGCAGUGCCAGCUCGGUCUAAGUUGGCUAUCUCCUCCCCCUAGACGAUAACCACAUCCUGUACCCUCUAUCGUCGCUUACCGGCACGUAGAAAUGGCGCGUGUCUCAUUCGGUUCACGAGCGGGCAUCGCUAAUGACUUUACUGCUAACGGCGCCCUCGGGCUGCGUCAGUCGAGGGUCAGCGGCGUUUACGGAUCGCUUCCAGAUCUCACAUUCGCAUUGAAGAAAGAGAUUGCGGCAUGUACAGAGAGCGAGCUUCCGGAGCUUACAACAUGCGAACUAUCGAUUGAGGAAAACGCGACUCUCCCACUGUUACGGCCGACCAUUGGACCUUAUGCUGACGGCGGCGAGCACGACCUACCAGAGGAGUACAAGGAGGUUUGGACGGAUGGCAGCGAGGAGUUUCCAGGCUUGACGGCCACGCUUCCCAAGGCUUCCAUAACGAGCAUUCUCGGUGUGCCAAAGGGCCAACCGCGCCAGAUAGUCCAGCGCGCUGCUUCGCGAGCAAUUGUACAAGCGAUCGAAUCUGCCGAUGGCUUCAGGUACAGCUUCAACAAUGCGUGGGCGGCCAAAGACGAAGGCGGGCUUCGCUAUUCCUACAUUUGCCAGGAUAGCAUGCAGAAUAAAGAUAGACACGCCAAUGGCUUCACCAAGACGCAGAAGCACUUGAAGGGUGAGGGAGAACGCGGGCCGAGGAAGGCAACGUAUGAUUGCAAAGGCAGCAUCAGCGUGAAGUUUAGUGGAAGUCGAAGGCGCGUUGAUGUGUACUAUCGCCAUUAUGCUAUUCAUUCAACGGUUGCCGAGCAAAAGAGUCUGCCCCGACCUCUGCCACAAAGGUAUCCUGUCAUUGCAAAUCCCGCUGCCAGCUCCUAUCCCGCCACUGCACCAUCUCGGUCAACUGGCGGCUUGUAUGGCCACUUGCAGACCGAGAACGCGGCCCACGGCGAGCUACCCAGCACGCUACCUCCAUCGGCGCCCGUACGGUCUGAGUCUUUGAGUGGGCGGCCUAGUAAGCGCAAGCGGUAUGAGGACGGAUCGGUUGAUCCGAGCAGGCCUCUGUCGCUCUCUGAGUUACUUCAACAGAGUGAUACGGCCAAGGCCUCCAUAGACCACACAGAGCCAGAGCAUGCUCAACACGCUAGCGGUGUGCCUCCACCAGUCCAGUAUAACCUACCGUCAUGGCAAGCACCUCCGUCAGCACCACCUCCACCGAAACCAGGACCACCUCAGCAGCGUACACAGUACAACAACGUCAGCGGCGUGGCGUAUCCGCUGCCAUAUCAGCCUCAGCAUUAUUCACAAGCGCAGCAAUAUCCGCAGAACCCGCAAAUGCCCGUUGCGAAACAAUCGAGGCAAAACUCAACUGCCCAAGCCCCGGGUCUUUUCAGCACGCUGAAACCAGUCAGCCAAAAGAAGUCAUCAUCUGGCACUCACCCGUCACAAUUCAUCAUGUACCAAUCGUAUCGGGCGAAGACUAGCUGUAACAACUGCCGAUCGAUCAAGAAGAAGGUGCGGGACACCACCUCUCCCACCAUAAACUCAAUGCUGACGUUGUUCAGUGUGAUGAAGUACGCCCGGUCUGCGGUGGUUGUGCAAGGGUUGGUAAGGUGCAGUGUGUUUACGACAGCGCUCCAACUACUGCACCGAUGUACAAUACGAACUACAACGGCCUGCCAAAUGCACAAACGCCAUCACAGCCAGCAGCGCCUACGCAGCUGCAGCUGCCAAGAAGCAACGCCACGAUUCAAACCUACCAGCAUUCCUAUCCAAUGCAGGGCUACGACGCGGCAUCGCAGAGUCCAGCUACAUCGUACUCGCAGACACCGAUUGUGUCGUAUCCGCAGGCUGCUGCGGUGCUGCAGACUCCUCAGCCGCAGACGGUAUCCGAAAGGGAAGACAGUCCGGAUCCAUGGUUUCCCCGAAGGUGAUUAGAUACGGACGCUACGUGUCGUCCCUCAGAAGUAUCAUGUGGCCGAUGCAGGUACUCGAGCAUGUCGCUUUCGGCGUGGCAUGGACGUCCAGCUCACCACCGUACGACUAACGCCCAUGUGGUACACUACUAUGACAUACCCUCAGCCAGCAUCUUGUGAACCUGCUUCUUACCUUUAAGUGGGCGUGAUUGUCAUGCUCAGCAGCAGGCACAGCUUAGUAGUCUAUCCUGCCGCCUCAUAAGUGAGCUGACCGUGGAGUAGCAGACACUUGCAAG